AUGGAAGAGCAUCACGAUAGUUCAUUGGAUGAUUUUUUCAGAGAUUACGCAAAGAAAUCAAUACCAAAAGAUCCCAAAAUUGGGAAAAUGUAUAGCGUAGCUCUACCCUCGAACGUUACAGGAAUGGAAGUUUCGGUGGUACACCUCCAAAGUUCGAGUGUUUGGGCUAAAGGAGCUAAUUUGGGCUAUUUUCAAGUUCCUCCACGGAUAAUCCCAAAACCAAAUGUCACCUGGCUCGACAUAGUCUUUUCAAAUCUAGGCAAUUGGUCAUCGUAUUACUACGAGAUUCCAAAUUACACUUUUGUCACCCCGAUACUUGGUUUUAGUGCAUAUGGUGUAAGUCAUUCGAGAGGUAAAAAUGGUGAUUUCACUUCUAAAACUACCAAACUAGAUUUACCUCUCAUUCGCGACCCAAUAAUGGUUCGAUUCCCUUCAGUGUGGUUCCCUAGGGGGAAAUGUGUCAAGUUUUAUUCGAAUGGAAGGACUACAAUAACCAAUAUGUCUUUGUCGCACACAUGUGAAGUUUGGGGCCAAGGAUACUUUGCGAUUGUUGUGCGGGUCCCACCAUCGCAUCAGGUCUGGAAAUUGUGGGUUAUCGGAUUUGGUGUUGGGACUAUAGGGUUCUUGUUGUGUGGAUUAGUUUUGUUAAAGAUAAUUAGAUGUCUAGAAAAAAGAAAAAUUCAAAAUAUGGAGAAACAAUCUGAGAAGAGUGAGGUAUUGGAUACUAAAUAUGUUGGGAAUAGUAGAAUGCCUUGUGCUUGUGGCAUAAGAACUCAACCUGUUCUUGAGAACGAUUAUUUUCCUUAA